AAUGAUCAGAGCAGAAGAAGGUCUGACGUUUAAACUCUUGCACAGACCCUCUGCUGUCAGUGCACUACCGGAGCGUUCUCUGAAAGGAGUAGGCUACUUUUGAUCACUGUAUGCUUGGAAGCAAAAUGAAGCGAAGCCACAAUUACAGCUCAUCGGAUAGCGACCUGGACGACAAUAUUGAGGUGGAGAAGGAUAGUGGCGACGAAAAUGGUCAACUUGAUUCUCACGGCUCAAUGUCACCCUCCACAACCACACAAGUCCAAGCCAGAAAAAGGCGCAGAGGGAUUAUUGAGAAACGGAGACGUGACCGAAUCAAUAAUAGUCUGUCAGAGUUGAGAAGAUUGGUGCCAAGUGCUUUUGAGAAACAGGGAUCAGCUAAAUUGGAAAAAGCAGAAAUUUUGCAAAUGACUGUGGACCAUUUGAAGAUGCUUCAUGCGUCUGGUGGCAAAGGUUUCUUUGAGGCUCAUGCUCUUGCUAAGGAUUACCGCAGCCUGGGCUUCAGGGAGUGCCUGGCAGAGACCGCUCGCUACCUCAGCAUCAUAGAGGGUCGGGACGGUACAGACCCCCUCCGUAUACGUUUGGUGUCCCACCUCAGCAACUACGCCUCUCAGAGGGAGGUGCACACUGGACUGGAACACUUAGCCUGGGGCUCUGCCUACGGGACUCCCCCUGCCCAUCUCCCCCCCCACCACCUCCUCCUACAACACCCCCAGGGCAGGACACCUGCAUCCAGAAGCAACAGUAGCCCACCCUCCUCCUCUUCUUCAUCUACAUCUUCCUCCCCCUCCACUGAGGCAUCUGGGACAUCCAGACUCAGUGUCAUGCCCCCCACAGAGACCCUCAGGGUGCCUCCCAGCGGCUCGCUGGCCCUCAGUCUGUCUGUGCCAACAUCCAAGCUUUCCCCACCACUGCUUUCAUCCCUCUCCUCGCUGUCGGCCUUCCCCCUCUCCUUCGGUGCUUUGCCUCUGGUGUCCCCAACAGCCCUCAGCACAGUGAGCCCCUCCUCCACCCUGUCAAAGCCUUACAGGCCAUGGGGUACGGAGAUUGGGGCCUUCUGAAGCAAACAACUGGACUGAAGGCAACAGCUGAGCUGUGCCCACCACCACAGACUAGCCACCGCAACCUGACUCUGUUUUUAUAGCAAUCAAACACAGGGGAACGAAGCAAACUGAUUUUAUUUCAUUAGUAUCUCUGUAUCUCAACAUCACUGCAAAUUAGGUGAACCCCAAUGAUUUCCGAAGCUUAAAAAAAGGUUUGAAUGAAAGUAUACAAGAAUAAGGGGGAGAUGUUGAUCUCAUUAUGUCCUAACUCUAAAGAAAGGAAUUCUAAAUGAUUUUAUGUUAUUCAUUGACUAAUUUUAGUUAACAUGCACUCCAGGCUGAGGACUGAUAUCAUGACAUAUGGGCCAAGAAUAGAUGUAAGCACAAAUAUACUAGAGAAUAUUUUGUAGACCACAUAAUGGAACUUCUACACAGAUGUCUGUAUUUAACAUAAUGUAGAGUUACUUAAUUUGGUCUGCUUCUUUCGUGGUAUCAGAACUCAUGGAAAUUAAUAAGCAUUAUGUGCCAUUGUUGGAAAACUAACCACUUGAGAAUUGGGAACUUGCAUUCUUGUAUCUAUUUGUAAUAUUUUUGUACCAAUAAAUUGAGUUUAAAGUAUAAAAUGUGGAUUUAAA